AUGCAAUUCUCCGCUUUAUUAUCCAUUGCUACUUUCGCCGCAACUGCCCUUGCCGCAGAUUAUGCCAACACAACUGUCACUGAAACUGAGUUAUCAACCACUCUUAUUACCAUCACUUCCUGUGACGAAGAAACCUCCUGUACUGCCAAGGUUGUUCCAGGUACUGCUGUUGUAAGCACUGUCACUGUUCAUGGUGUUGAAACUAUCUUCACCACAAUUUGUGAACUUACUGAAACCCCAGCUGAAACCCCAGUUGAAUCAACCCCAAUUGCAACCGUCGUUGUUGUUCCAGUUACUACUCCUGCUGCUGCUACUACUGAAGCUCCAGCUCCAGAAGAAUCAACUGCUAUUGAAACUAUUUACAGUACUAUUACCAAAGGUAAUGUCACUAUUCCUACUGAAGUUCCAACUUACGAAGGUGCUGCUAAUAGUGUCAAGGCUGGAAUCUAUUUAUUAGCUUUAGCCCCAUUAGCUGGUUUACUUUAA